UAUUCUUCCUCACCUCACAUUUCUCACCUGCUUUCCUCUCUCUACAUUUCUCUCAGCAUCUGCAUUGUAUACUAUCCAUAGACCUCUAGAGCGCAGCUUUCACCAUGGCUACCGAAGUCCAACAACAACCUCAGAGCCUCCCGGAUCCUCAAUCCGCGCCUGCCCAGCAACAGCAACCUGUCGACCCAUCCGCUGCCCAAGGCGCCCAAAUCCCUCUCACAGACUUCAAUAUCCCCUCCUUCCCACCCGAAGCCCGCGGCCUCCAAGCUCUUACGCUCACCAGCGACCUCAAAGUCGACGAAUACCAAGAAAUCCUCCAACGACCAUGGACCAUCCCCACCACAAUCCCCACGUCGAUCGAAUCCCUCACCCUCGAACUCUUCAGCAUGGGCUACCCCAAAGGCUUCCUCUCCACCCUCGCCGACCGCCUCCCCAACCUCAAAAGCCUCGUAAUCUACUCCCAACUCUUCGCCGGAAUCACCCCGGAAACCCAACAAGACGCCAUAGAAUUCUUCAAAAAGUCACGAAACCUACGAGCUCUCCACCUCCUCGACGUCUUCGCCAAACCACACUUCUUCGAACGAGCGGCGAAAUGGCUGAAGUAUAACGAUGGCUCGGAAGAUGAGAGUCAUGCCAGGAGGGGGUUGAUGUUUUUGGAAGUGAAUUAUACUUUUCGUCAUGAAGAUGAGGAUUUUAUGGGGAAGAUUCAGGCGACGGAGUUGCCUUUGCUUAUUGGGCCCGGGUUGAUUUCUUGUUCGUUCAAUCUUGCGGAGCCAGAACAUGUUAGUAAGGAGGAGGAUGAGCAGGAUCCGACUGUCAUUGCGGGGGCGGCGGAUAAGGAGGGGAUUAUGGCUUUUAAUAAGACUUUGGCGAAUGAGUUGAUUGAGGCACUCACGGAAGGGGAGCAGGUGCCGAGGGGACUUCGUGCAUUGAACACCACACUGUAUACCUUGACGCCAGAGCAGAUUCGCAAGGUGCUAGACAAGCAAAAGGGUCUCAUGGUGAUGAGUCUAACAGCAGAAAUCGAGCCCGGCGAGGAAACGAAGAAAGACUUGCUGAAUGCGAUGGAGCUGUGCAAAGAUCUGGAGCAGGUGGAAAUCGUGGCCAACCCCAGUCUGAGGUUCUUCAUGGAGGUCCAAAAUCCUCGCAAACAGACGCUCGCAAAGACAUUCCCCGACGUCUUCGACAUGAAUCGGCUCUCCGAGAAGUUGCCGAAGUUGUCGAGCUUCAAGGCAAAUGUCCUUCGCACGAAGACACUUGGCGAAAUCGAGUGGGAGAAAAUCGAGUCGAAAUGGAAGGGUGGUGUAAAGGAAGGCAAAGGCUUGCCAGCGGGAAUGGUGCCAGCGCCGUAA